CUACUAGAGAAGUCGGACCUUCAUGCGGUACUGGCUGAUAAGCUUCAAGCAGAAAAAUAUGACAUGCAGAGCAGACAUGAGAUCAGUCCAGGACAUGAUGGCACAUGGAAUGAUGCUCAGUUGCAGGAACUGGCACAGCUGAAGAUAAAGCAUCAAGAGGAGCUGACAGAGCUGCAUAAGAAACGUGGCGAGCUGGCCCAGUCUGUAAUUGAUCUGAAUAACCAAAUGCAGCAGAAGGACAAAGAGAUGCAGAUGAAUGAAGCAAAGAUUGCAGAGUAUUUGCAAAAGAUCUCUGAACUGGAAACGGAGUGCCAGGAAUUGCGUAGCAAACUGCAAGAUCUUGAGCGAGCUAAUCAGACGCUAAAAGAUGAAUAUGAUGCUCUCCAGAUCACCUUCAAUGCCUUGGAGGAGAAACUGAGGAAAACUACUGAAGACAACCAGGAGCUGGUCUCGCGUUGGAUGGCAGAGAAAGCACAAGAAGCCAAUCGUUUAAAUGCAGAAAAUGAAAAGGAUUCAAGGAGAAGACAAGCCAGGCUGCAGAAGGAGCUAGCAGAAGCUGCCAAAGAACCCCUGCCUGUUGAACCGGAUGAUGAUAUUGAAGUACUUGCAGAUGAAACCUCUGACACAGCUGAGGAGACAUCUCCAGUGCGAACUGUCAGCCGAACUUCCAGUAAGCGACUCUCCCAGCCAGCUGGAGGCCUUCUGGACUCUAUCACUAAUAUCUUUGGUCUGUCUGAGUCUCCCCUUUUGGGACAUCAAUCUUCUGAUGCUGCCAGGAGGCGUUCUUUGUCCUCGUUCCCUGCUCCCCAGGACAAUGUAGAGCCACAUCCAGGUGCCAGUAAAGAAGUGAGAGUGCCCACUACUGCCAUAUGCGUCUUUGAUGCACAUGAUGGGGAGGUGAAUGCGGUGCAGUUCAGUCCUGGCUCCCGGUUACUAGCAACAGGAGGCAUGGACCGGAGGGUUAAGCUUUGGGAAGUCUUGGGAGAUAGGUGUGAGCCCAAGGGUUCCCUCUCUGGUAGUAAUGCUGGGAUUACAAGCAUAGAAUUUGAUAGUGCUGGUUCUUACCUCUUAGCAGCUUCAAAUGACUUUGCCAGCAGAAUCUGGACAGUUGAUGACAAUCGAUUACGGCACACCCUGACAGGUCACAGCGGUAAAGUUCUGUCAGCCAAGUUCUUGCUGGACAAUGCACGCAUUGUUUCGGGAAGUCACGACCGGACCCUCAAGCUCUGGGACCUCCGCAGCAAAGUUUGUAUAAAAACAGUGUUUGCAGGAUCUAGUUGCAAUGACAUCGUAUGUACUGAGCAAUGUGUAAUGAGUGGACAUUUUGAUAAGAAAAUUCGUUUCUGGGACAUCAGGUAA